UCACUGCCAGGGCACUUAACUCUUCACUGCCUGUUUUUUUUCAGGCCUUUCCAUCUCGGUAACAGCCGGGCGCGUUGUGUCCGCACGGGGCUUUGGAAGACGUUGGCCGUGGAGCGAGUGAUGCAGAUCGUGGCCGCUCUCCCCAGCCUGGUGCCUGCGCCAACACCUAGAGCGCCCGGCGGCACCCAGUGAAACCCACUUGGCUUGCGGGUGCCGAGGGCAGAAUCAGGACGUUGCUGCUGCCAAAAGGAGGAGCUGCCGCCUGCCUCCUGCCCUUGUCUUGCGGAGCCCUUUUGAAGCUGAAUCAACGCGCCGGUUGGAAAGGAUAURAUGGAGCUCCUGGAGGAAGAUCUCACCUGUCCCAUUUGCUGCAGCCUGUUUGAUGAUCCUCGGGUCCUGCCCUGCUCACACAAUUUCUGCAGGAAGUGUCUGGAAGGAAUACUCGAGGGAAAUGUGCGGAACGUCCUUUGGAGACCAUCCCCUUUCAAGUGCCCCACGUGCAGGAAGGAAACUCCUGUUACUGGAGUCAACAGCUUGCAAGUCAAUUAUUCCCUGAAGGGUAUCGUGGAGAAAUACAACAAAAUCAAAGUGACUCCCAAGAUGCCAGUGUGCAAAGUGCACAGCGGGCAGCCCCUUAACAUCUUCUGCCGGACAGACAUGCAGCUCAUCUGCGGGGUGUGCGCCACCCGCGGGGACCACACGAAGCACGUGUUCUGCUCCAUCGAGGAGGCCUAUUCCCAGGAGAAGCGCGCGUUCGAAACCCUCUUCCAGGGCUUCGAGACGUGGCGCUGCGGAGACGCGCUCUCCCGCCUCGACACCUUGGAAACCAGCAAGAGGAAAGCUCUGCAGAUGCUCACCAAGGACUCGGACAAGGUGAAGGAGUUCUUYGAGAAGCUGCAGCACACACUGGAGCAGAAACGAAACGAGAUCCUCUCCGACUUUGAGACCAUGAAGCUGGCAGUGAUGCAGGCCUACGACCCGGAGAUCAAUAAGCUCAACACGAUCCUGCAAGAGCAGCGCAUGGCUUUUAACAUUGCCGAGGCCUUCAAGGAUGUUUCKGAACCCAUUAUAUUUCUGCAGCAGAUGCAGGAAUUCAGGGAAAAAAUCAAGGUGCUCAAAGAAACUCCUUUACCGUGUUCCAACGUAGACAUCAGCCCUACAAUGAAGAACUUUGACACCAGCCAGUGGAAUGGAAUAAAGCUAGUUGAUGUGGACAAGCUUUCCUUGCCUCAGGAGAACAACUCUGUUAAACUCAAGAUUCCCUCCGUCUUUUCGUCCAGGUUUAUAGUGACCUCUCUUAUUUUCUUGCUUAUCCUUGCUGUCACCAGAACGUCCUUUGUGGAGUCUAUUGUUGACAAUCUCCAGGACUGGAAAUCUCAGUUCUUUACAAUUAGCUUGUCCUAUUUGGCAGAUACAGUGGAAAUAGCAGAUCAUGCAGUCUUUUACUGGGAACAGAUGGCAGAUGGAGCUUCACUUUUAAGAGAAAAGUGUAAAAGCUAUACGUUAGUGGUACUGGAUAACGUUGCAGAGUUUGUGUGCAAAUAUAAAUUGUUGUGAAGUCCCUUCUGAAAUGUAAGAAGUAACAGAGAUCUGG